AUGAUUUGUUUAUCACUUUUGACGGCAGUUUUUGUCUCUUAUGAGAGUGUAAUCAGUGCCUCACCGCUGAGAUCAAGUUGUCGCUGCUUUCCAGGCGAUUCUUGCUACCCUGAUGCUAAUGUAUGGGACGCCUUGAAUGCUACGGUUGGAGGGAAGCUUAUUGCCUCAGUACCUAUCGCUGCAGUCUGUCACUUUGAUCAGUUUGUGGCCUACGACGAACAAGCAUGUGCCACCUUAAGGGAUAACUGGUUCUAUCCUGAAACACAUCUAUCUUCCUCGUCCUCUGCUAUGGCCUGGAUGUUCACAAACAACACCUGCAAUCCGUUUCUUCCUUCUACAACUUCAUGCACUUUAGGCAACUAUGUUAGUUACGCUAUUAAUGCCACAACAACCAAUGAUGUGAAAGAAGCAGUCAAUUUUGCCAAUUCGCAUAAUAUCCGUCUGGUUAUUCGCAGCACUGGCCAUGAUUAUAAUGGUAAAUCGACAGGAGCCGGUGCACUCUCGAUCUGGACACAUUAUAUGAAAUCUAUAACUCUUACUGAAUCUUAUAACUCUCAAGCUUACACCGGAAAAGCCGCAGUUCUUGGAGCAGGUGUUUCAUCUUUUGAAGCUUACAGAUUUGCUGACGCAAACAACGGCUUGAUUGUGGGAGGGAAUUGUCCCACUGUGUCCUUGGCUGGUGGAUAUAGUCAAGGAGGAGGGCAUGGCCCAUUUUCGACUAAAUUUGGUCUUGCAGUUGACCAGGUUUUGGAAUGGCAAGUGGUGACAGGUGAAGGAGAGCUAGUGACCGCGACUCCCACGAGAAAUUCUGAUCUUUAUUGGGCACUCUCCGGGGGAGGUGGAGGGGCCUACAGCGUUGUGUUAUCGGCAACGGUCAAGUUUCAUCCACCAAUAACCACACUUUCUUCAGCAACUUUGCAGUUUGCUCCUCCAGCCACAGGAAACGCCACAGCAUACUGGAAUACAGUCAAGGUAUUCCUAGAAACCCUGCCGAGUUUGGUAGAUGGUGGCUUGCAGCUUGGAUGGACUCUUACCCCCGAAGUUUUCUUGAUCUCCCCAGUCACGGGUUUUGACGUCCAGCAAGCCAAAAUUGACGAACUUUUUGCCCCAACGAUAUCUUCCCUAAAAGCAGCCAAUAUUUCGUAUGCUUAUACAUCUUCGGUAUCCACCAGCUUUCUCUCAUAUUACGAAUCCGGUGGCUUUGGCGCCAACGUCUCAAAUACAAACCUUGCUGGACGCUUACUCCCUCGUUCAAUCGUUCAAAAUAGCAUCGAUAGCUUCAUCUCCAUCCUCCAAACAAUCGUCAACAACAAGCUAAUCUUUGCCGGCGUUACCUUGGAUGUAAAGAAACCUGUAGUUGCCAAUGCGCCAGCCAUCUCCGUAAAUCCCUACUGGAGACAAACCCUUAUCACCGGCGUCUUCGGCGCCUACCUUGAUUAUACCGACUUCGAGCAGGGCUUUCAAACCCAAAAUUUCAUGACCAAUACCAUCAUGCCUGCCCUAGCCGCCUUGACGCCGAACGGCGCCGCAUAUCUCAACGAAGCCGAUUUUCAAGAGCCGGACUGGCAGAAUCUGUUCUAUGGUGAGAAUUUUGAUCGCCUGAGUGAUAUAAAAUUGAAGUAUGAUCCCCAGCAAAUAUUUUACGCGCUGGGGGCAGUGGGGAGCGAGAAGUGGACGGAAAGACCGGAUGGACGGCUUUGCAGGGUUUAG